CGUAUUCCGAUUCUUGCUAUUGACCUCACAUCAAGAAUCCGCAAAAUCUAAUCAUGUCGACAACUUGGGUACCGAUGGAAUCGAAUCCGGAUGUUAUGACAAAGUUUUUGCACAAGUUGGGUGUAACCAAAGACUGGUCUAUCGUUGACGUUUAUGGAUUAGAGCCAGACCUAUUGGCACUUGUGCCAAAACCAGUUUGCGCUGUCAUUUUAUUAUAUCCGUUAUCUAAAAAGGGUACUCCUGUCGUAGAAGAUGAAGAACAAGGUGAUAAAGAUAAGGAUGCUACAUGUAGUGAUCCAGCAGUUUUUCAUAUGAAACAAUAUAUACAUAAUGCCUGUGGUACAAUCGCUUUGAUUCACAGUGUUGCAAACAGCUUAGAGACUAUAAAGCUUCAGGAUGGUUUUCUAAAAACAUUUUUAGACAAAGCACAAGAUUUGUCGCAUGAGGGACGUGGAAAGCUGUUAGUGGAAUCAGAAGAUAUUAGCACUACCCACAAAGAUGUAGCGCAAGAGGGACAGACAGAGGUGCCGGGUGAAGAAGUAGUAAUCAUCCAUCACUUUGUGGCGCUUGUACACAAGAAUGGAGUUUUAUAUGAAUUAGACGGACGAAAAUCUGGUCCUAUCAGUCAUGGUCCAACCAGUCCCGAAACGCUGUUAGAAGACGCAGCGCGCGUCUGCAAGGAAUUCAUAUCUCGCGAUCCAGAAGAAGUAUGCUUCACCGUUCUUGCGCUCGCUAAUAGCGACGCGUCAUCACUAUAACUCGACAUACACAUUUAAAACGAUUGUUAAAAUAAUUUAUUUUGUACUUUGUAUAUGUACAUUUGCUACAUUUUGCAUUGCGUUUAUUAACAUUUAUUAAUUACUGCUGCUGUAAUGCAGUUAUUUACGAAAUAAGUAUUUAUCAAAGAAUACGUGUUAAAAUAUGCUCCACAUCAUAAAUAACAAGAGUAUUCGAAUAAAGAUUCGUAAAUCGUAAGUACAUGAUAAUUUUGUAACAUUAUUGUACGUUUUUUAAAAACUUUUACCCAACA